AUGGCGCGCUGCCCGGGCUCCAUUGCGGAGGAGAAAAAAGCCGAGAAGGAAGGCCCCAUUUCAGGCGCAGCAGCGAAGCGAGAAGCUGGAACACGAGAGAACGCAGGCGACAAAUCUUCCGCGAGGCUGGCCUCUCUGGAUUCUGACCGCAAAAGCACGAGGGAGAACGAUGCAAAAGAAACAGGAGGCAACGUUUCCGAACAGCAGUCUCGACCGGGACGUGCAGACGGCUUGGAUCGCCGGGUUUCUUUCUCUGCGUUUGCGGGAGGUGAAACGAAUUCGCCAGAAGAACCUCCGGUGGAGACGCCCGCGAGGCCCGAUGGGAAAACAGGUUCGUCCGCUCUCUAUUCAGCUGCCUCUCAAACCCCUCCCUCGUCUUCCCGAUUCUCCUCUACCUCUCGACUCUCCUCGACUUCCUCUCUGGCCUCGCCUUCCCCCUUUCUUCCCGCCUCCGCCUCGCUUUCGUCGCUUUCGUCGCUCCCGUCUUCGGUCUACGACGGCAGUCCCUUUGCGCCCCCGUCCAGGGACGUGACUCGGCACCGCCGCAACGGAGACGCUUCCCGUCUCUCUUCUUCUCCGGUCGCUCCCUGUCGCGGCCUCGCAGAUGCUUCUGGCCGCGCGCACGCGCCCUCGUCGCCUUCUAGCCUUUCUUCGCCAAAAAUCGCCCCGUCUGACGCCAUGGCAGACGCGCCCUGCGUACCCUACAAGGUCUAUCCUGCAGAGCACUCUCCAGCGGGCGCCUGGUCGGUGCCUUCUGAAGGCACACGCCUCGACGUUCCUCUCCUCGUCUCCGCCCCUGUCUCCUCUGUCUCCGGCCCUCGCACGUCGUAUUCGUGUUCGCACCAGUCUCAGCGCCCUGCGUCUUGGUUCUGCGGUUGGGACUCGGGAGCGUCUGGGCGGGGCGAAGGCGGGGAGGAACCCUCGGCCGCCGCGAGUGCAUUCCAAACCCCCAAGAGCCGCUCUACGCCCGGUCAAACAGCGUCACGAGCCCGCCGGUUGCAAGUGCUCGAAAUCGCGCGAGGCACGUGCCACAGGCAUCUCCUGCAGACUUCGGAGCUCCUCCGGUGUGCAGCGCAGCGGCCGAGCAUUGAGCUCCGCCGGAAUUGCGUGCUCGUCAAUCUCCCCUACGUGAAGUGUCUCAUUCUGUGUGGCCGGAUUCUUCUUCUUCCUUCGGACACGGAGAGCGCCAAUCACCUGCCUCAAUUCUUUCUCCACUCUCACGCGUCCCCCCAGUUCUUUUCUUUUUCCCGGGUCUUCUCCCAGACGCAGCUGGGCUCUGCGUCGCCCGUCUCUUCUCUCCCAGUUUCUUCCCUCCCUUCCUCUUCGAUGCCUUCUUCGAGCUCUCCCGCGGCCGCGCGUCCUCCCGCUGUCGUCCCGAAGAAAACCACGUCGUCCUCCUUUGUCGAGGACGGCGCUGCCGCCUCGAACGCACGGUCGCGCGCCAGAGGCCCUGGAGCCCAAGGCUCCACGACCGCGGUCGGAGGUGAGGCGACCCCCUCUGGGGAGACGGGCCCUGGCAGGGCCCACGCGCCCUUGUUGGCCGAAAACGAAGGCCCCGCAGGCAGACACCGCGAAGAGAAGGGGAAAAGGAAGGGUCGGAGUUUGUGGCGAGGGAAGCUGUGGUGGAAAGAAGCGAGAAACCCGUGGGUCGAGGGCGCCGCGUCGCGAGGAGAGGCUGCGGAAGAAGACUCCAGCGGAGAAGAGAGCGAAGAGCAGACGUCGCGGGAUCGUCGCCGCGAAUGGACAGAAGACAGUCACGCGUGCACACACAAACUCGAAGACGAGGAGGCGGCGCUAGAGGUUUGCACCUCUGGGCCUGUAUCGGGUGGCGAGGGCCCUAACGAGGACUGUUUCGGAUUUUUCUGGGGCGACGAGAAAGACGAGAACGAACAGAAGCUGCUCUCCAAGUUGGUCGGCCUCUCUGCGUCGGCCGGCGACCCCGGGGACGGGCCUUUCGAAUUCGCCGCUCUCGAGGCCAUCCUCGUCCACCGUUCGACUCGAGGCGACUUCGAUCUGACAUGCGCAGCGAAACAGAGAGAUGCUCCUUUUCAGGUGUGUGACGCGCUCAAGGGCGAGUUGGAGCCCAUUGCGCUCGCGUCGACAAAUCUCCUGCGGUUCAUUCACGAACAGCCAAGCAGCACACGCAAGCUGCGAAAGGUGGGGGACUUGCGCCGGCGCCUGGGUUGUGUACGCGACAAGGUGCGCGGAAUCGACCAGGCACUCCGCGAGCUCCUCGACUCCGAAGAUGAUUUGCGCCGGCUGCAAGUCAGUCGAUUCUGGCAUCACGAGAAAGAAUGGGAGCGGCCUUCGCGGAAUGCGCAAGCAGAAGAGGUGGAAAUUCUCCUGGAGUGCUACGAACAGGAAAUUGACGCCCUCCUGCAGUCGAUUAUCCGACGGGACGAGGCGCUGGACGACGCACUGCAGCUGAUGGAGCUUCACCUUGCCUCGAUUCGAAACGCCUUCCUCAAGAGCGAACUUGCGCUCGACAUCAUCGGCGUCCUCUUUGCAGGCAUCGCAGCCUUCGCGGGCGUCUUCGGCAUGAACAUCCGCAGUGGAUGGGAGGAGGACCAGCGCACGUUCUGGGUGAUCUCUCUCGUCGUCUCCGCACUCAGCGUCGUGACAGUCGUCCUCGUCUACAUCUGGUUCAAACGACAAAAACUUUAA